UCAUCAAGCAGGGUAAGAACCGGGAAUAGAGAAGGAGUCUGGAAGGGGACGCUUUUCCUGAGCAGGGGGAAGGAGGACAGAAAACAUCCGAAAAGAAGAGAGGAGCCGGGACUCACAGCUCAUCUUCAUUUAGCAAGACUCCAGUCUUUUGGUUUUAUGACGGAAAGUGUGUCCCCCUGCAGUAGAUCAGUAAGAAGUGCUCUUCAGUAUGAAUACAGGGUCCAGAGCUCACCAAAUCUAGCCACAGGGAGUGAUUCUCACUCGUCAGACUUGGAUUCUUGGCGGUCACGCAGCGCAACGGACGGGCUUAAAAAUGGAGAUGCCAACAGCUCAUCUCUUGCCGCCAAAGGCUUCCGAAGUGUCAGACCCAACCUGCAGGACAAAAAGUCUCCCACACAGGAUAUCGGUACUGUACCUUUGCCACCCCCUAGGAGAGAAAGUUUUCACUUUUCACCAACUGGUACUAAUCCACUAGACUACGAGUCCAUCAUUGCUCUGGCUAAUAAUCCAAGUCCAGGAGUUCUAACACUCACUAAGAAAGAAAAGGCUAUUUUGAAAGAGUCCUACACUAUAAACAGCACGUCCUCCUACUCUUACUCAGAGAGCAGCGCAAACUCCGUCCAACAGGUUAAUCAGCACACCGCCCCAAACGAUAUCAGCAACUCAAGUGCACUCGCCUCCGCUCAUGCACAGACACGCAAGGUGUCAUCCCUCAAACUAACCCCUGUCACCAUCCCCGACCCGCCAGCUCAUCUAAAUGUUCAAGCUGAUGGCCGAUUUAAGACCCAGAUCCCCGGGGUCCCCUCCUCACCUCCACAAAUGGGUCCCAUCACCUCUCAGCCCUCAGCACAGACAGCUUCACUUUCCCUUCACUUGGGCUCAGAGGAUGGGAGAAAUCCAGUGCCUUUGUCUUCAAAAGCCCAAGUGGAAGAGAAGACCUCAGAACAAGCCCCAAAUCAAAGCCGAAUGCCUGCUCCAACUGAGGUGGAGAUGACAAAGCCCCCUCCUGCAGUUCCACCGAGACCUCCACCUGCAAAGCUGCUGGGGCCUCCUUCCCCUGACCCCACAGCACGGCACUUUCCCUAUCGCUGCCAGAGCUCCGAAUCACUCGACUACCCAUCCAGCCUAAUGCCCAAGGUGCUAUCGCCCACCCCGUAUGUGGCCAGUGGAGCUGGUGUCAAAGCUGGGGCGAUGACCGGUGGCUUUGGGUCACCUUCGGCUUCCCCCGUGACAGUGUCGGCCCUUAGCCACUACUCGUCAUCCACGACGGGUCUGCUGGAUGAGCUGCAAAUGUGUAGCCUGGACUCCCCCGGGGCCUCACCCACGCCAUCGCCCACGCUCAGCCAUGUCUCCACCUACACAUCCACUGCUGGCCCUGAUGAUGUGCUAACAACCUCUGUGGGUUCCACUGCUGCAGCAGCCACUGUCACUAAUGGCCAGGUCCUCUCUCACGCUAUGAAUGGGAGUUCCAGCCACCCACAAAGGCCCAUGUCUCCGCCAUCAUAUCCUCCACCACCUGCCUCACUCCACACCGGGCUUCAGAGACAGAGUAGGACUUCAGAGGGCAGUGAGUCAGUCACCAGAGAGUCUGUGGUUUCAGGCCACACAAGUGUCAGCACCACUGUGCCCAUUGCUCGCUUCUCAGAGGAGGAGAAGAAGGUGUCUGUUAUUAAAGCCCCGCAUUAUGAAGGCAUCGGCCCGGUGGAUGACUCUGGCAUCCCUAUUGCCAUUCGCACGACUGUGGACAGGCCCAAGGAUUGGUACAAAACUAUGUUCAAACAGAUUCACAAAGUUCACAAAGCAGAUGAUGACUAUUCUGAUACAUACAAUGCAACGUAUGCUUUCAUAAACAGUGAUGACUAUAGCUUGUCAUCCAGUGCCACCAUGGCUCACCCACCUCCUCGAACACACACAUACAGACCCCUGUCCAAGAGCCCCUCAGACAACGGGGGUCAGCUGGGGCCUCGCGAGCCUUCACCGUCCCCUGUGCCCCCACCCCCUCCACCAAUGCCAUCUCUGCUCCAGCUUCGGGCCAGAGACAGCGACCGUGAUAAAGAUUCACCCGACAUGAAUGAAUGGGGCCCUCCUGACAGGAAAGUGGACACACGAAAAUACCGAGCCGAGCCCAAGAGUAUUUUCGAAUAUGAGCCUGGGAAGUCUUCCAUUUUGGAACACGAAAGACCAACCUAUGAUGACAUAGAUUUAGAGAACGAGCCUUGGUAUAAGUUCUUUUCCGAGCUGGAAUUUGGGCGGCCGCCUCCUAAAAAACGAUUGGAUUAUAAUCCAGACAUCUCCGCUCGCCAGCGUAUCGAGACAUCCCUCCACAUCGCUCCUGCUGACAAGGCUUCGGAGAGACCCUCAAGUGUUGCAAGUGACUACAGGAAGAGAAGGAAGUCUGAGCCAUCAAAUUCCCAAACAAAUGCUCAGAUUCAGAGCAGGGCUGUAACCUCCCCUAAACCAGUGGAUGCCUACAGACCAGGCAGCAGCCUAAAAAAGCCUGUCAUUCGUUCCUCACCCUCCUCACCGUCCAGAGCCAAAGGUGGGGACGCAUGCAACAUGUAUUCAAACAGUCUGACCUGCCCAGGUCUUCGUGAGAGCUCCUCUCUUCCCCCUGUCACUUCUGAAUCUGAUCAUUGCCAUGAAGAUGCCAGCCAGGAAGGCAGCUCAUCCUCUAAGCAGUCUGUCUGCUGUGCCACCAGUUGGCAGAGCAAAUGCCAGGAAGCAGAGACGUGGAGCAGCGCAGAGGAGGUGCCACCCUCUACUGGCAAGCUCAAGUCACGCAGCUGUGAUGACUUACUUAAUGAUGGCCAUUCGAGCUCAGCUGGGCGUAACGCCACCCGCUCAGAAAGUGCCGGAUCACUGGUGUGCGACGUGAAUCUACCGAUGGUAUCAGCCUCUGUAUCAGCCUCUACUCGUUCACUUCCCCGUCCCCACCGGCGCCGUGCACACGAUUCACCGGGCUUUCUGCAGCUCUAUCGUAAAAUGCACCAGAUUGACAGAGCUCACCUCAUCCCAUCUGAAGUAAUCCGAUCGGUCCGGGCCCGUAUCCUGGAGCUGGAGCGCCAGCCUCAUUUACAUCGGCAUCGUCUUUCUCCUUGGACGCCCUCCUGGGGUGUGGAAGUGCCACGUGACAUGGUGCCAAAUCGCAUUUCUGAAUAUGAGAGUCUUAUUCAGAAGUCCAAAUCCAUGCCUAACCUGGGUGAUGAGCUGCCUUCGGGCACCACCACACCAGGUGGCUCCUCAUCUCGCGCCAGCAGUGGCGGUGGUGGAACGCCCAUUUUUCCAAAACGUCGCUAUUCAAUAGAAUCGUUGCUGGAGGAGGACAAUAAUGGCAACAGCGGAACUGUACCUGGCAGCAUUGACCGCUUGCAUCAACCUCGUAGCCCGCCCGAAGGCCAGCCUCGUGUUGGGCCAGAGCCCGUCCGUGGCCAGUCAUUUCCUGUACCCCCGGUUCCCCAAAGCCCACAUGCCAAUCCAGACUAUUCUGAUAGUGAACAAGACGCUGUCGCAUCUGACCUCAGUGAUUUCAUCCAGGUAGAGGGUUCCUCCUUUUGCAGUGAGAGUGACUUUGACCAUUGCUCGCUAACCUCCUCUGAGAGCCUGUACGGCUCCUCCACCCUUCACCACCACCACCUCCGACAUCACCACCACCACCAUCACCACCACCAUCCCGCUCACCAAAGCCUCGGCCAGAGCCAGGGCUACCAACACCGCCACCUCAUCAGCACCUGCAAAGGCCGAUGUCCAGCCUCAUACACCCGUUUCACAACCAUGCUGCGCCAUGAGAGAGAACGAGCGCGGCUGGAGAACCAGAGAGCCUCCCAGCAAAGCCGCAACAGCCAUUCCCAAAUCCAUGGCUCACAGUCCCAGCAAGCAAUGUCCAAGCUGGCCUUCUUGGUCAGCCCAGUGCCUUUCCGUCGUAAAAAGGGCUCACCACCUACCUCUAGAAGAAGCUGCGGUGGCGGAGGGCGAGGUAGCCGACCUAAGUCUAAACAGGCCAUUUAUGAAGCACUAGAUGCAGCUCUGAGAGACAUUUAUGAGCACAUUCAAGCAGAGAGGGGCCACAGAAGCUCGAGGCCUCCUGAUGACAGCAUCUUAAGGAGAAUCCUGGCUGAGCUGCUGCCAAAUGUGCCUGAAAGAAGCUCUUCCUUGCGGGGAAGGAGGGGUUGUUGGGACAGAGGUCACUCCUCUGCAUCUUUGUGCCCAGAUGGAAGCCCCACUGGUUACGCUUCAUAUAGAGGAGAACCCUCCACACAGAGGUUACAGUCACCACGGCUACAGUCACCAAUCAGUGCCUGCUAUGGACGACACUCAGAGGCCUCAAACAAUAAUGAGUACGGAGAGGAACAGGGCAAUGGUCUCUCGUAUUCAGACCAGGAUGUUUCUAGGAGUUAUUCCACCAUGGAUGGACGUCACACUCCCCAGAGCAGACGACCCACUCCUGACAGAGAGGUCACCCAUAAACAGAUGACACAACUUAUUCUGUUCUCUCUCCUUCAUCAGAAACAGCCUGCAAGGGCCAUUUAUGAUUUUAAGGCACAAACGGCCAAGGAGUUGACAUUUAAGAAGGGUGACGCAGUGAACAUCAUCAGGCAAAUAGAUAACAACUGGUACGAAGGGGAGCACCACGGACGAGUGGGGAUUUUCCCUAUUGCAUAUGUAGAAAAGAUGCCGUCCUCGGAAAAGCAGCGGCCCAUUCGUCCCCCUCCUCCAGCACAUGUAAGAGAAAUCGGAGAGGCAGUGGCACGCUAUAACUUCAAUGCCGAUACCAAUGUGGAGCUGUCACUGAGAAAGGGGGAGAGAAUUAUUGUGAUAAGACAGGUGGAUCAGAACUGGUAUGAGGGGAAGAUCCCAGACACAAACAAACAGGGAAUCUUCCCCGUGUCCUACGUUGACAUUGUCAAGCGUUCUCCGUCCAAGAGCUCCACUCACCACUUAGAUCCUCAUGGCUACCAUGGCAACAGGACACCCAGCUCCACACCCGUCAAGCUCCUAUAUCCCCUCCCUCCACCUCCCACCACCCGUGACCUCUCUUCCCCUCAACCCUCUUUGAGAAGGCCUGACCUGCAAGCUGUCACCAGUGAGUGGCUGUACCUCACCAUGGAGCCACCGAUGUCGGCUGAAGUGCUCUCCCUCACGGCCACCCCUGUACCGCCCACACCACCCCCUCUCCCCACUGACCUCACCCCUUUUCUCACGACACAGGAGCUGCGGGCGAGCUCACCAGCUCAGUCACCGAAAAGCUUCCCCCUUUCACGUCAGUCCCCUCUCACAGAGAGGGGUGCUGGUCUAAACCUCACCUCAGCUGUCCUGUCUUUCUCUCAACCUACUCCGCCACCUCCUCCUCUGCCUCCACCCUCCUCACAUUCCUCAUUCACUUCUUCGCUGCCAGACUCUUCACUCCAAUGUAGCAGUGGGAGAGGGCUACCUGUGUCAGACACAGACCAGUUGGUAUGCAAUAUUAAGCCAGAGAUUCUCACACAACUCCCACAGCCGCCGGAGUCCAUACCCUGCUUAAGUCAAAGCAGAAAAAGCCCGGACAUCGAGCUGUAUGUAAGGGACCCUUAUGACGAUCUGUUGUCUAUGAUUCUGGAUGGCUCCAGCCGCACAGAUGACGCUUUAGUUUUAAGAGGACCCUCUUUAGAUUCCCCUGGUGCCAAGCCGAUCGAUGAGACUCAGAGCAGACUGUUCCAGACGCAUCAGCCUGCAGCGAAGCCCCCUGCAGUGCCUGCAGCAGGCGACUCUACGGGCAGCACUCGGUUAGCGGUGCAGGUCCACAAGCCUGUAACUAUGAAGCCUCUACCCAUUUUGUGGGGAGAGCAGUCGCUAUCUGUGAAUAAGCAGCCGGUUACUGCUCCGAAGCCACCCACUGUAGAAGGAAAGGGAUACACUGAAUUAUUCAUAGAGGAGGAGGAUGAAGCCGUGCCGGACAAAGAGGACGUUAGAGUUUUAGAUGAGAGGCUCAGUCCACAGGUACAGCAUGGUGCUGAAGGCUCUCCUUCCACUGCAGUUCAGCCCAGUCUCAUCUCACCCUCCCCACCACCACAAACCUUCAUGCUUCCUCCCCAUCCCCCGGCUUCUCUGUCUUCUUUAUCUCACUCACAACAUCAGGACCAGAGCUUCACCCCUCCCUGUUCCCCCACCUCCCCUCGGCCCCCAUCCUUUCCUAGGCUCACAACAUCUCCUCUCCCCCCAGUCUCUCCCUCUCCACCUUUCACAUCACUCCCUCCCCACACCUCUCACUCCUCCUCAGAUGUUCCCUCGCAGCGCCCCGCCUCUCUCUCAGUCUCCCCCUGCCCCGUCUCAGAGUCGCUUUCAGCUUUUCCCGCCCCACCCCCCUCUAAAACUGCCUCACCGCCCCUCUCCACCUCACGCUCUCCCCCCGCCGCCCCCACCGUAUCACACGCGGGGCGUAGGUCUCCCAAGGUGAAGGUAAAGCUGGAAUGUGGAAAUGAGGAAAACAAUAAGAAGUCACCUAACCAUGUUUCCUAA